GCAACAAACAACUCCAUAGCCAAACUUCCAGAUGAAUUUGGCAAAUGUUUGAAGUUAAGUAAAGUCGAUAUCGAGGGAAACAAACUAACAGUAAUACCAGAAAACGUUUUGAGGUCAUGGACUACGCUCACAGAGCUUAAUGCCGCAAGGAAUCUACUGACAACAGUUCCUGAUAGCAUUGGGGUCCUAACAAAAUUGAUACGUCUUGACUUCCACCAGAACAAAAUUUCAUCGAUUCCAUCUUCAAUUAUGGGUUGUUGCUCAUUAGCUGAGUUUUAUAUGGGAAUCAAUUUGCUUUCAUCACUACCUCAGGAACUGGGUGCACUUUCUCGUUUAGGAACUCUGGAUCUUCAUUCAAAUCAGUUGAAGGAGUUUCCUGAGGAAGCCUGCAAAUUACAGCUUUCUGUUCUUGAUCUUUCCAAUAAUUCGUUAUCCAGUUUGCCUCCAGAGAUUGGUACCAUGUCUUCCCUGAGAAAACUCCUGCUUAGUGGAAACCCUAUACGAACAAUUCGUAGUUCUUUGGUUUCUGGACCUACACAGGCAUUAUUGAAGUAUUUAAGAAGUCGACUUUCUUCUACUGGAGAAGCCUCCGGAUCAAGCAGCAGCCCUAUGAAUGCUGAUGUUAUUGCCAAGGCAACUAGGUUGUCUCUGUCAUCAAAGGAACUAUUCUUAUGUGGACUUGGAUUGACCAGCAUCCCAGCUACUGUCUGGGAGACGGAUGAGGUGGUGAAAGUUGAUCUUUCAAGAAAUUCAAUUACGGAGCUCCCAAAUGAACUGGCGACUUGUUCCUCACUUCAGGUACUGAUUCUUUCCGGGAACAAGAUAGCGCAAUGGCCUGGUGCGAUAUUAUCAUCCCUACCCAGUCUUUCUUCUUUGAAGCUUGAUAAUAAUCCCCUGUCGAAGAUUCCUCUCAAUGGCCUUGAAGCCCUCACUAAGCUUGAAUCACUUGACCUUAGUGGCAAUGCCUCUUCACUUCUGGAUUCUUCUGCAUUUUCUUUGUUCCCGCAGUUGAAGGAACUUCACCUGAGAAGAAUGAAGUUAUCUCAUAUUCCAUCGGGUAUUUUGAGCUUACAGCAGCUUAGGGUUCUUGACUUAAGCCAGAAUUUACUUGUCUUGCUACCAGAGGAAGUAAGGAAUCUAACAUCACUUCAAGAGCUUGACUUGUCGAACAACAACAUUGCUGCGCUUCCUUCUGAAUUGGGCUUGCUAGAGUCUCACCUCCAGGUUCUGAAACUUGAUGGCAACCCCUUAAGAAGCAUCAGGCGUGCAGUUCUUGAUCGAGGAACUAAAGCCAUUCUGAAGUAUCUGAAGGACAAACUUGCGGAGCAGUAAACAUGACGCUUUUUGAACAUUCUGUGUUCUGUAAUUCCCCUGCUCUUUAUUUAUAAUGCCUUGUGAAAUUAAUCUUUAAAUUUAUAUUGCACCUGGGAAGGUUAAAUGUCAAAUGAUUUUCAUUGACUAACUUAAUUUGUUUGAGGUAUACUUUAUCU